GCUUCAGUCCAAUCAGCGUCUGGCCUGAGCCAGAGCUACAGAAGGAGAAGCUGCUCCAGGGGGAGGAAGCCCGCACAGCGCCGCACAGGUUUCUGUUUGUGUAGUUGAAGACAUCCUCAAAUCAACAAGAUGGCGUCAGAGGGAGAUAAGCUAUGGGGUGGCAGAUUUGUUGGCAGCAUUGACCCCAUCAUGGAAAUGUUCAAUUCUUCAGUAUCAUAUGACAAGAGGAUGUGGUCAGCUGAUAUCCGAGGAAGUCAAGCAUACGUAAAAGCCUUGGAAAAAGCUGGACUAGUCAGCAUAUCUGAAAUGGAACAGAUUGUCACUGGCCUCGAUCAGAUCCACGAGGAAUGGUCUACAGGUACUUUUGUUCUGACAAAAGCGGAUGAGGAUAUACAUACUGCUAAUGAACGCCGCCUCAAGGAAUUAAUAGGAGAACCUGCAGGAAAGCUCCAUACUGGACGCAGCAGAAAUGACCAGGUUGUAACAGACAUGAGGUUAUGGCUGCGAGAUUCCUGCUCUGUUCUCUAUCUGCACUUGACUCGUCUUAUUCGGACUAUGAUCGACAGGGCAGCUGUAGAGGUUCACAUACUGUUUCCAGGCUAUACUCAUAUGCAGAGAGCACAGCCUAUUCGCUGGAGUCACUGGAUACUGAGCCAUGCAGUUGCACUAUGUAGGGAUGCUGAGAGACUAGGAGAAAUAAAGAAGAGAAUAAAUGUGUUGCCUCUGGGAAGUGGUGCAAUAGCUGGAAACCCUUUGGGCAUAGAUAGAGAACUUCUGCGCAAAGAGCUUAACUUUGACUCUGUCAGCCUUAACAGUAUGGAUGCAACCAGUGAGCGAGACUUUAUAGCUGAGUUUCUGUUCUGGGCGUCUCUGUGUAUGACCCACCUUAGUAAGAUGUCUGAAGAUCUCAUUAUCUACAGCACCAAGGAGUUCAGCUUUGUUACCCUGUCUGAUUCCUACAGUACCGGAAGCAGUUUGAUGCCUCAGAAGAAGAACCCUGACAGCUUAGAACUUAUCCGCAGCAAAGCUGGACGCGUCUUUGGCCGAUGCUCUGGUUUUUUUAUGACAUUGAAAGGUCUUCCUAGCACGUACAACAAGGACCUACAGGAGGACAAGGAGGCCAUGUUUGAUGUUUAUGAUACCAUAUGUGCUGUGCUUCAGGUAGCCUCUGGAGUGAUUUCCACAUUACAGAUCAACAAGGAAGCGAUGGAGAAAGCCUUGAGCCCAGAUAUGUUGGCAACAGACAUUGCUUAUUACUUGGUUAGGAAAGGGAUGCCCUUCAGACAAGCACACGGAGUCUCUGGUAAAGCCGUCCAUCUAGCGGAGACCAAGGGCGUUUCUGUCAGUAAACUUUCCUUGGAAGACUUAAAGAGCAUCAGUCCUCUUUUCAGCAGUGAUGUAUCCAAAGUGUGGAACUACACCAACAGUGUGGAGCAAUACACAGCCGCAGGGGGGACAGCAAAGAGCUGUGUGGUCACACAAAUCGAGCAGCUGAGAGCCUGGAUAAAAAAUCACAAGGACCAGUAACAUCAUGAAAUACUUAAAAUCAAUCUCUAGACUAGAAAAGAAGCUGCUUUGUAAUCUACAAUCUAUUGUGUUUCAUGUAUUUUAUAGGAUAAGGAUACCCCCUUGCCUGUCCUCCAGUGUGUCAUGUGGUGUGAUGAGAGCAUUCCAUGAUUAGUUCACAAGCAGUCAUGACAACUUCUUCUUGGUACACCCUGCUGCUCUAGAGCUCCCGGCUAAUAGCAUACCUCCCAACAUUGGGACCUCACAAAGAGCGUCGCGCUCGCCCAAAAGGCCUAUAGAAAGGGGGCAUGGCUUCGCGGGCAUACCGCGAUCGCGAGCCACGCCUCCCAUUUUCGUAACCCAAAAAAACGGGACAGUUGGAGGUAUAUAGCAAUACACAGUAUAUGGAGAUAUGUCAUAGGGGUAUCAGUCUCUUCCAAACACAUAAAUUAUACAUUUGUUAGUAUGGAAAUUAGGUAAAUUGAUUAAUUGUAAUUGUGACCUAUACACUUACCUCUGUGAUAAAGAAUAAUGUUCAUCAUUGAUUUCAUGUGUGAUGAAUGCUGACUUGCUACAUCCAUAAAGCAGAUUAAAGUAUUUACAACUCC